GAACCUAUUUUUGCUAUUGUAAACCUCUCUUGCACAACAUAAGAUUGGUCUUAUUUCGCACACGCUGCAUUCGUGUCUUAAUAAUUUGUUUAUUCAAAUGUUUUUGUCCCUUCUGAUAACCCGUAGGGUUCAUGCUGUGUGUUGCCCACGAUAACAUGUAAUAAAGUUAGCGUUCAAUCUUAUAGGUAAGCCACGUCAUUUUACGGUGAACAUAAUCUUGGUUUUAGAAGUUAAGGUCACACAGGAGUAUAUUUGUAAUGAGUUUGCCUGAAUGCUAAUCGUGUACACUGUUAAAUGUUGGGUGAUUUGUAUAACUAGCACUUUUAAAUAAUUUGUAAAACAUAAAAAAUGGAUGGAGAUGUCAAUGAGGAGAUGUUAGAUCUAGCAGUGACAUACGGUGAGGUUCGUGGCUGGCGAGGCAGACACUUCCACUUUCAGUCAGAUUUACGAGUAGGCCUAUCUUAAUCACUAUAAAAUCUGCCAUUUUGACGAACAAGGUCAUAAACGUCAAAGACAUAACGUAGCCUCAUAACGUAGCUCAGAUCAACGGCAGAACAAGCAUAACCCCGACUGGUGCGCUCUCGCACGUCCCCCUCAUUGAGGCAGAGCUAGCUACUGUGUUUGCCUCCCUUCUGCGUUUUCACUGCAGUUGAUCUAGUAAUGGCCCUAUUCACUUUUGAUUUUAUUUAAGGUUUGUCUUAGGGAUUUCGCAGAUUAUUAUACAAAAAAACUCCAAACUCCAUACACCCACCAUAAUAAUAAUAAUAGGCCUAUAGAAAAAAAAAUGACUAUAACAAGUCAACAAGUUUAGUAGUCCAAGGGCUUGGCCCUAUACCACAUUUAGCUCUGCCUCCUCUGCCUCCCCUGACUGCAAGUCUGUGAGUAAUAGUAGUAAUAUAAUCAGAACUAGCAUUAAAUGUACUGUAUAAAGAAUGAAUAAAUACAUGUUCACAAUCAAUCUUAUAGAUGCUGUGCAAGAGAGGUUGACAAUAACAAAGCAAAAUCAUGCUCCGUCAGUGGUGUGGUCUCACGCCUAACCAACCACCUGAAAAGAAAAAGAAAAUGGAUUUAAAGGAAGUGAAUAAGGCAUACGAUGCCACUAAAAGGAAACGAAGUGUAGUGCCUGCAUGGAAAGCAGAAUUUCCUUGGUUGAUUGUGGACGAAAGUGAAACUUUAUUCUGCCUGCCAUGUCAAACUGUAUACGGCCCCCAUGCUGAAACCCGACAACAGAGGGAUAUCUUCAGAAAGCGAAGUCAAGGUUCCUUUGUCAAAGGGUGUCAAAACCUGAAGCAUGACACUUUAGUCUGUCACCAACGAUCUGACGGCCACAAGGAAGCCCAGGAGAAGUAUGAGGCCAGGAAUAAGAAGAAAGGUGAGAGCAUAGCCGAGAAGACCAUUGAGACUUUGAAUACUAAAGUAUUUCAGAAGCUCAAGAUACUCUUCAUAAAUGCCCACGCCCUUGCCAUGCACUGCAGACCAGUUUCUGAUUUCAAAUGGAUGUGUGAGAUGGAUGAGAAGAAGGGCCUGGAUCUCGGCAGCACCUACAGAAAUGAAAAGAGCUGUAAGGAGUUUUUGGUUGCUAUAGCCGAAAUCACCCGUCUAGCAAUUGAAGACAAGGUAAAGAGUGCUAAGUUUAUCACAAUAAUGUCCGACGGAUCAACAGAUGUCUCUGCCACUGAACAAGAGAUUGUUUACUUGCACUUUGCAGUGGAUGGCAAGACUCACUGCAAUUUCCUUGGACUUGUACAGUGUGACAAACCAGAUGCCAAUGGCAUCUAUGAUGCUAUAAUGCAAGCUGUAAAGCUCCCGGGGAUCCCAAAGGAAGAAAUGAUGAAGAAGAUUGUGGGAUUUGCUGGCGAUGGGGCGGCUGUCAACACCGGGAAAAAGGCUGGGGUGAUCGCUCUCAUGCGGGAAAGAAUCAGUGGAGACAUACUGAUGGUGCAGUGCAUGGCCCAUAGGGUGGAAUUGGCCUUCAAAGAAGCCAUGAAACAAGCCUCUUUGUUCAUCAAAGUCUAUGUCCUCCUGGAUGCUCUGUACAAGCUUUACAGGAUCCCUAAACAGGCCGCUGGUUUGAAGGCAGCUUUCAGUACCACCAACAUCUCCAAGAUCUGGCCUGUCCGAGUUGGAGGAACGCGCUGGGUUAGCCAUACCCACACAGCACUGCAAAACAUGUUGCGUGGUUACCGUGCAAUUGUUCUUCAUCUCAGUCAAGUUGCCACCACCAGGACAGCUAGUGGUAUGCAAGCAAAGGCAAAAGGUCUCCUGAAAACGCUGCGCUCCAAAGAUGCCAUGACUUUUGCCCACUUCCUAAGUGACAUUCUGGCCGUUCUCUCCAAACUGUCGAAGACGCUGCAGCAGAGAGAAGUUUGUACCUAUCAUGUACAUGAAGCACUGAAGGCCACAAUGACCAGCAUCAACAAAUUCAAGGACCGGGCAGGACCUGAGCAGCGGAAACUCCAGCAGGGAGACUGUAACUCCUUUGAAGGUCAGACCCUAACAGGGGUAGACCACUCUUCAGGCCAGAUUGAGAAGGUCGUUGAGGCAUUGGUUGGUUCACUAGCCCGGAGAUUCAGUGACAUGGGAGGUGAAGUCCUCAAAGCUACAAAAAUAGCGGACAUGCAGUCAUGGCCUCAGGAGCAUGAAGAUGAUUUUGGGGAUGACUUCAUUGGAGUGAUUAUCGACCACUACAGGGAGCACUUCGACAAUGUUGGAGUAGAUGUAAGUGCAAUCGAAGCAGAGUGGACCUCCCUCAAACAAGCAUUGUACGAAAACCAGGGGAACAAGAUUCACUCCAUGUCCUGGCCAUCUGUGUUUGAGCUUUACAAGAGCACGUUUCCAAAUAUCCUGCAUGUAAUUGAUCUGGUCUUAUCACUCCCUGCCGCCACCUCUGAGUGUGAGAGAGGAUUCUCUCAAAUGAAGAUUACCAAGUCCCAGUACAGGAAUAGACUGAAGGCUACCACCAUGACAAUGCUCAUGACAAUUCAGCUGCACUCAGAACCUACAAAGGAUUUUGAUCCAUCAUCUGCCAUUCACCAGUGGAAUCAAAACCACAAUCGCAGACCCAACUUCAUGGAGGGAAGAAAGAAAGGCAGAAUGGCAGCUUUGGAGGGAGCCAAACAAGUGCAGGAAGAGAUUGAUGGAGUUGACGGAGUGGAUGGUGCUCAAAUGGUUGCUGAAGCUGCUGGGGGUGCAGUAGUUGAAGCUGAAACCAAUGAGAUAAACUCUGAUGACUCAGACUGGUUUACAGACAUGGAGGAUAAUGUAGAUUCUGACGAUGGUGAGAUGGAAGAUAGAGGUCUUGUUGGUGAGGAUGAGGAAUGAUUGUGGUAGUCUGUUGUAGACCAAUUACUACUGCUAUUACAGCAAGUAUUACGGUUUGUAUUACCAUUUUGCCUAAAUGAACUGAUGUUGAUCGUUUGAUCCACUGCUAAUAUUGUUCAUGUCCCUUGUUCUCAGUCUGUUGUUCUACUUUAAUAAAUUAUUGUUUGUAA